AUGUUUGGACGACUACUGAGGCCUUCCGCCAGACACUUUUCGUGCGUGCGGCCGACGCUGAACUCCUCAUCAGCUCUGGAAGCUAUUGAUAAUAGAAUCAAAAAGUUGCAGAGGGAAGCCCAGCUGAGCCCCGAAGACAGCUCGUUGCUUGACAGACCGGAACUUUGGCAAGGCCUGCCAGACCAAAAAGUCCUAGAGUUGUACCAGCAGAGAAAAAUCAAUCUCGGAAAGCACUACCGGCGUAACAAAGAUGAACUUGCCGCUCUGGUUGCCGCCUCCCCAGAUAUCUACACGGCAGAGAUGGCUGCACGCGCAUACACUGCUGAGGAAGGAGAUAUGUUCAGAAACCAGCUCAACUACCAGUCGAAGAUGUAUCACAACAAAGAGGAUGAAUACGAUGAAUACCCAACAGACGUCCAGGAAGUGGUCGAAAACUUUAGAGACCACCUGGACUUCAACAGAGUGGCCGCAUACGAGUUGCCGCUCCUGACCAAAUACAGAAAGGAGUACGUGCCGCCGAAGAAGGGAGAGAAACCGGUCAUCUACCGGUACACCAAGUACUUCGGCGAGAGCCAUCCUGCUGAGCGCAAGGUGUCGGUGUCGGUGAAGGUGUCGGAGCUUCCCUUGACUCGAGAGGAACGACACAAGUUCAAGCUGCUGGCCGGUGUGAGAUACGACCACGUGAGGGACAUCUUCAAGAUGUCCAGCGACAAAUACUUGGAGCCUGCCCAAAAUGCUUCGUUCCUGUCCGAAGUGAUGGACGAUUUGAUUGCCGAGGCCAAAAGAGAUGCUCACAAGUAUGCCGAUGUUCCUCUCGACAAAAGACACACCAAGGCGAAGUACAAAAAGAAGCAGCACCGCAAGAGACGUGUUUACGAGUUUCCGAAGGAGUGGGAGCGUCCAAUCGCGCCGGAGUCCAAACAGGUCGACUGGCAGCAGAUGCUCACUGAGUAA